AUGCUCAAGACCCGGAAGAAGGAGACAAGCCCGGCAGCAGAGGCGGCAACAGGUCCAACGGAGCAGCGGGCAAGCAAGGCAAUGGAGGGAACGGACCGUCAACCCAACAGCACACCCUAUAUCAGACAAGGUUCCAACAGCCGGUCGGGAUAUGGAGUAUGGAACGAUUGGUUCGGGCGCCUGCUGGCCCGAGCGCGUGUGAAUGUGUGUGUGUGUGUACCGUGCAUCAUGGUCAAGUGUGCCACCAAGGGCUGCGAGAAGCAGGCCUCCAUGCGAUGCCCCACCUGCAUCAAGAUGAACAUUGACAUUGGUUCCUUCUUCUGCUCCCAGGAAUGCUUCAAGAGCAACUGGAACGAGCACAAAAAGGUGCACAAGCUCGCCAAGCUCGCCAUUGAGCGGUCGACGACGGUCUUGGCCGAGUCCACGCCCAUGACUUUUCCCGGGUUUGAGUUUACGGGCACCAUGCAGCCAUAUUCGCAAUCGCCCCGCCGCCCCAUCCCUCCCCACAUUGAAAAGCCGGACUAUGCCACCCACCCACUCGGUGAAUCCAUCAGUGAGACUCGCAACAAAGCCCAGCUCCGCCAGCUCUCCGAAGAUGAAAUCGCCAAGAUGAAGCACGUCUGCAAGCUCGGCCGCGAGGUCUUGGACGCAUGCGCCGCCGUCAUCAAGCCUGGCGUCACGACCGACGAAAUUGACGCCGUUUGCCACAAGGCUUGCCUCGAGCGUGAUUGCUACCCUUCGCCUCUCAACUACUACCAAUUCCCAAAGUCGUGCUGCACGUCAAUUAACGAAGUCAUCUGUCACGGUAUCCCCGACGGCUAUCCCCUCAAGGACGGUGAUAUCAUCAACGUGGAUAUCUCCGUAUACUAUCAUGGCUACCAUGCCGACCUCAAUGAAAUGUUCUUGGUCGGCGAGGUUGACGAUGAGUCAUUCCGCCUGGUGAAGGUGACCUACGAAUGUCUAUUCCGUGCCAUUGCCAUGUGCAAGCCGGGCGUCCGAUACCGUGAUUUGGGUUCGGCCAUCUCCAAGCAUGCCGAGGCGAAUGGGUUUUCCGUUGUCAAGACCUAUUGUGGCCACGGCAUCAACAACCUCUUCCAUUGCGCGCCCAAUGUUCCCCACUACGCCCGAAACAAGGCGGCUGGCGUGAUGAAGCCAGGACACACCUUUACCAUUGAGCCCAUGAUCAACGUCGGUACUUGGGGUGACGUAACCUGGCCGGACAACUGGACUUCUACGACCAAGGAUGGCAAGCGCUCAGCGCAGUUUGAACACACACUGCUGGUGACGGAGGAUGGCAUUGAAAUUCUCACGGGCCGUACACCCGAUUCACCUGGAGGUACCAACUGGUUUGCCAACGUGGUCAAGGCCAAGGGUUUGGAGCUCGACUUGGGUGACAAUGUACCCGAGGCCAUUGCGGCAGCCGCCUCUGCAUGAAGAAGAGGUGUCCUGAGCAUCUCGCCUUGGGAUCUUUUGCUGUAGUAGCUUGGUCGCCUGGCGCCCUCUGGCCAUGAGCCGGGAUGAGCGCUGCGCUAGUCUUUUGCGCCUUGUGGACCCCUGGUCACUGCUCCUUGCCCUGUUGUCAGGCUGUGUGGGGUCAUCCACGAUGGGUCGCUUUUGUGUUUGGUCUCGGGAAGGCAGUUGCGCGUUUCAGCACGUUCAGACUGCUCACAGUCAAUCUAUCAAGUCUUUACG